AACAAGCUUGCGAUCUCAUGCACAGGCAUACCGCGAUGCACGGAAAAGCACGCGCCGCAUCGCUCCUCUCCGAGACGGACCACGACUCGGAGGAUGAGACGCCCGUCACGACGAGCGAUCCCGCCGAUGCGACCAAGAGCAUGGCGCAGCUCCUCGCCGAGGGCAAAACGGACAUUGUGCGGAAGCGGCUGCAGCAAGCAACGAUUGAUGGCAAGGCCCUCACGCUACGCUUCGAGGGCAAGAGUGUCUUAAACCGGGCCGUCGCUGACGGAUACGACGACGUUGUCAAGCUCGUACUGGAGCGGCCCGAGUUGAACGCCAGCGCUACUGACCUCAUGGGGCCAGCGUUUGUGGCCAUCGGACACCAUCGCCUGGAUAUUGUUCAGCUCCUCGUCGCGGCGUGUCCGGCCUUGUUGACGGCGUCCGCGAACAUGCAGGGGGAAUUUGACGGCGAUUCGAUUGCACAUUACGCCGUCCACAAGCGCGCGACGGCGGUGCUAACAUGGCUCCUUUCGCAGAACCCAUCUUUUGUCCACGCACGCAACAAGGCAGGAAAGACACCACUGCACACCGCCAGCGGCCUACGCGACGUCAAUGCGAUCGCAAUGCUGCUCCGAGCCGGCGCCAAUGCCAAGGCCGUCGACAAUGGAGGCAACUCGGUGGUGCAUACCUUUGUCAUGCUCAUGGACGAAGCGCUCGAGAAGCAUCAUCUCGGUCGUCUCCUUCGUCUCUGUCAUAAUGUGCCGCUCGACAUCAAAAACGAGUUUCAUAAGAUCGCGGCCGACCUCGCUCAAGAUCCCAGCGUGCGGGCGAUGCUGGAGCAAGAAGGCAACUUUCGAUCGCAGUUCCCACUGCACUGCAUGGCCCGCGCCAACGACGCCAGUGGCAUCCAGCAAUGGCUUUUUGAGAUCUCGACCACUUCCAGUGACGCACGGGAGGUCGUGGAAGCAGCGCUCUUCGAUCGGGACAUGGACGGAAAGACCGUGAUGAUGUACGCGGUGGAAGCGCUCGAUAGCAACGCGCAGACGCAAGUCGCUGAGCUCGUUUUGCCCCACUGCACAAAGAAAAUGCUGGCACUGCACGACAAGCAUGGGCGCACUGUCGUCGAGGUGCUAUUGGAGAAAGGACUCGUGUGCAAGGAGAAUGUCGACGGCAUCACCAAUACCGCCACGCUACAAGUGCUUCUGCAUCUCACACGCGAGAAGCAACUACCCCUCGACUACACUCGCAAUACCACAGUGCCGCGCGAGGGAACACCACCGCGGACAUGCGUUGGUGCCUGCUUGGAGACGCGCUGGGCGACCGACACGCUCCUCGCCAAACUUGCAGCCGAGAAAAAGUGGGACGAGCUACAACACCGUCUCGAGGCGUCGCGCGAUAUCGCCACCAUCAACGAACCAGAUGCCCACGGGAACACUGCGUUGCAUUAUGCUUGUUACUUUGGCAACGAACGCAUCUUGGCGCUACUCUUGGAGCAGUUCCAACUCGAGAUUGGUAUCGAGACGUGCUCCGCGGAUGAAUGGACACCCUUGGACCUGAUUCGACGCCCACUGCAUGUCGCAACCACAAACAACCACGCUAUGUGCGUACGCCUGCUCCUUCAAGCAGGUGCCCACCACGGGUUUCGGACCGAUAUCUCCGCGGCUGAUGUCCGAGUACAUCGGAACGAGGCAAGCGAAAAUGGACGUCUGUGCGAGGUCGUUUUGUGUGACAAUUGGCUCCUCGAGAAAGCCUAUCCUGCGUAUUAUCUCGUGCGACUUGUCAACGUCGACGAAGCGCUCGACGGUCUGCAGGCCCAGAAGACACCGCUGCACGUCGCGAUCGAAAAAGGACUACCCAUGUCCAUUUUAGAAGCACUCUUUGCUCAAUUUCGACCAAAUGUGGACGCGCAGUCGACGGACGGAACGAGUGCUCUCAUGAUAGCGGCAAAGCUCGGCAGCUUGGUCAACGUUGAGUAUCUGUUGCAGCACGAAGCCGACAUUGAUCAAGUGGACAAGAACGCGUGCACAGCCCUUCUUCAUGCCGCCAUUCAUGGGCACUUGGCCAUUGUCGAGCUGCUCAUAGUGCACCGCGCCGAUCUCGAUCCCAAGCUGGACGGAAUUCCCAUCGUCGAGAGGCUGCGAUCCGUCUUGCCUGGCGAGAAAAGUGCCAAAUAUGAUCAGAUUCUGCAGCUUCUCGAGAAGGAAGAGCGCGCGAGAGACAACUCGCAAGAGUUUCGCAACAAGCGCGCGCUGAGCAUGAUCACACUGACAACCAGCGAAGUCUUCAAAGAUGACAGCUUCCUCCGCGCGAUUCGCUGCAACGCGACGCUCGGUCCUACGUUCUUGGACGACUGCGUCGACUUGCGUCGCCACGAAGCCAUGUUUUCCAAGUUGGACCUCGUCUACGGCGUGAGUGCUAAACACAGUCCCCUCCGCGCGGUCUUGACCUUGGACCUUCAAGACCCGGACGAGACCUUUGCGACGCAGCAAGCGUGUCUCGAGCAUCCCGCUUUUCGUCGCGUCCUCGAGAUCAACCGCGGCUACUUCAAGAAGGAGAUCCUCGCCAAGCUCGAGAAGCAAACGACAAAGGAACUUCGGGAGUUGCAGUCUCAACUCCUCAGCGCCUGGACCAGCAUGGACGAGUCGGAGGUCGUCAACGACCACGUCAAGUGCGUGAUGCUCUACCAGAUCAACCAACGUACGGUGAUGGAGGCGCUGCUGACCAAGGUCAUGAACACAGUCCUUGCGACAAUGUCCGAAGUCCCUCGCGACGACACUGUCAAGCAAGUCGACGAAGAGAAGGAAGAGUUGCGGCUUGAGCUGACGCAGCUGCGUCAGUCGACCGACAUCAUGGCCAAGCAAUUGGAAGCGAUGGCCCAGCAGAUGGCGGCGAUGAUGGCGCAGCAAGGUGCGAUGUUCUCGCUGCUCCGUGGUACCGAGUCUCGCGGGGAUGGUCUGUCACCGACGGCGUCGAUACGUCGCGUCACUCGCCUCUAG